UGACGAGCCAACGACGAAAAAUGAGCUCAGAGGUGGUCUUUCAGGCACUCCAGACGCUGUACGAGAAUCCAGACAGGGCAGCCAAGGACGCAGCGAACGAGUGGCUGCAAGCUUUUCAGCGCGAGCCUAGCGCUUGGCAGACAUGCAAUGAGAUCCUCGUCAAUGCCGGCGCGCCAACUCAGGCUCGACUGUUCGCAGCUCAGUCUUUCAGGGCAAAGGCGCGUCACCUCGCCGUCAUCCAUGAUCUCACCGACUUGGACACUGCCGCUCGCUUCGGCUUGCGGGAUCUCUUAUUGGGCACCCUGUCAUCGCCCCAGCUCAACAAGGAGAAAGUCGUCGUGAGACAGAUCGCGCUCGCUCUUGCUGCUCUUCUCCUUCAAACGCCCGAAUGGCAAAAUGCCGUUCAGUCAGUAAUUGAGCAGCUGGGCGGGAGUGCGCAGACACUCGUCGCUUUGCUGAUCUUCCUCACUGUUCUGCCGGAAGAAGCGACCAACAAUUCUCGCCUCGUCAUCAGCAACGAGACCUACCGAUCGCCAGAAGUCGUUGGUCAGAUUCCAGCACUGCUUGCUAGCUAUCAUGCCCGUCCGGAUGCGACGCUAGCCAUCAAGACCCAAUGCUUUGACUGUCUCGCCGCCUGGCUAAGGGCAGGUGAGAUCCCGGCCCAGUCCGUUGUCGCGACGCCUAUGUUUGGCUAUCUCUUCGAUUCGCUCAACGAUUCUACAGUCUUUGACGAGAGCAUACAUACGCUUUGCGAACUUAUCAACGAGACGCAAGAGGUGCAAGACAAUACCCAAGUGAUCCAGCAGAUCUUACCCAGACUGCUCGCCCUACAAGGUCAGAUGGAGGCCGACAAAGAGGACGACAUGAAGAUGCGAGGGUAUGCUCAGCUACUCUCCGAAGCUGGCAGAGUGUAUGCCAGUCUUAUCUUGCACCAUACCGAAGCUUUCAUGCCGCUCGUCAACCUCAUCUUGCAGUGCGCUGCCUAUCAUGAGCUGGAAGUCGUCAGCAAGACCUUCGAAUUUUGGUACUACCUACAGCGAGUCCUGAGUCCGCACGUCGCACAAGCCUCGGUACAGCCUCUCGUAGAAGCAUACAGAACGCUCGUCGGCUAUAUCGUCAGGCACUUACAUUUCCCCGCCGAUGAGGACUCGGUCACUGCCGAGGAGCUCGACGAAUUCAGAGAAUUCCGACACCACAUUGGCAAUACGCUCAAGGAUUGCUGCUCCAUACUGACGCCUUCGGUCGGAUUGAAGCAGGUGUAUGACAUGGUCGCGUCGGCCGUGGCCAGUGGCUCGGCGCCGUGGCAGAGCAUCGAGGCUCCUCUCUUCUCCAUGCGCUCGAUGGGCGCUCAAGUGCCCAAUAAUGAAGAAACUGUGCUUCCCUUGAUCAUGGAUAUGCUGCCAAAUCUGCCUGCUCAUCCUAAAAUCAAAUAUGCGACCAUUCUCGUCAUCUCGCGCUACACCGAAUGGAUCGCAGCUCAUCCCCAGUACCUCGCCUUUCAGCUCACCUACAUCUCAUCUGGCUUCAGUGACGCAGAGACGAGGGUGUGGCUCGCCAGCGCCCAAGCCAUGCAAAACUUGUGCAAAGAUUGUAGCCAGCACCUGAUUCCCUAUUUACCUCAGCUGCAUACCUUCUUGACGGAUGUCGGACCCAAUCUAGAUCCGGCUGACUACGCAGAACUCACAGAAGGCGUUGCUCAUGUCGUGGCUGCAAUGCCUCCGCAAGAAGCCAUUGCUGCCAUGCCCAUGUUUUGUAUGCCGAUGCUCGAGCAACUUCAUACGAUUGCAGCGCAGCCUGGAACGGCCACAAAGGCUCAGAUGACCGCCGUGUCUGAUAUAUUGGCCAGAUUGGACGCUUUCUUGCUCGUUUGCUCCGAGCUGAGUCCCGAGCUUCCAAUCGCGUGCGAAAAAACAUGCGCGGAAGCAUGGACAGUCAUCGAGUCUCUACUCGAUAAGUAUGGCGAGUCGACCCAAGUCGUCGAACGCUCCUGCGCAGUCAUACGUCGAUCAAUGCUAUUUUUCGGCACACGCUUUCAUCCUAUCGCACCUCGCGUCAUCAUGUCCAUGGCCACACGGUUUCAAAAGUCAGGUUUUUCGUCGUACAUGUGGAUCAGCAGCAAGGCGCCCGAGAUGCUCAAAAGCGUCAACAGCCAAAGCUUUCGCGAGAUCUACAUGCAAGCUUUCAAUCUUGAGACGGCAAAGGUGACUGCAAUCCUAGGCGAAGUCGAGCUCAGGUCGAUACCGGAUGUCUUUGAAGAUUACCUUGCGUUGGUAUCCGAGACACUGCGCCACACUCCUGACAUUCUGCUGUCUUCGCCGGAGCUGCCCAGGAUCCUUGCCAUCGUCGUGGCGGCAUUCACGCUGCCUGCACCGGCCGUUGUCUACAAAGCCACCGAUCUGGCGCUAGACAUUAUAGGCCACGAGUCACUUGCGCCUUCAGAUCCCAGCCAUGCAGCAUACGGUCAAGCUAUCCAUGGAGCUAUUGUGGCUAUCGGCCCUACACUCACGGCAGGUCUCUUGCUCGGAUUGACGGGCGAUUUUGAGGACUUUUCGACGGCCAUCACGAUCUGCCGCAUCAUGGCUCAACGCUUUCCAGCUGAGUUCGCAGGCUGGGUCAGCACCGGUCUGCAAUCGGUACCGCAAAAGGUCUUGCCCGUUCAAGAUCGAGCUCAAUUUAGCGAGCGCUUCGGUACCGCCAUGGGCAAUCAGAACCUCAGCGGUGUGCGCGAUGCAUUCAUGACCUUGGCGAGAGCGACGAAGAAGGCAAAGGCAAGAGAAGCGAUGCAAGUGCGGCUUAAUGCCAACGAGGACUGA